ACAAAGCAGCCAUUCACACACACACACACUCACACCUAAGGACAAUUUGGGGAAACCAAUUAACCUACACUGCAAAAACACAAAAUCUUACCAAGUACGUUUUGGUGAAGUUUCAUGAAACAUAACUUUUCAGCACAAUAUAUGAGCUUGUUUUAAAUGAAUAAUUCUUAUGAGUCAAAUUGCCAGUGGAAAAAGAUUUUUUUUUACCCAUAUUAUAAGGGUACUCUUACAAGAGUUUUCUACACAAAGAAAUGCUGAUUUUUCAUAACAGAAAAAAAUGAUCUAUUUCUUCACAGUAGGCUCUAACAAAGUUUCAUAGCAUGACAUUCCUGAACAAGCUCUGCACUGGUGGAAAUCCAAUUCAUUAGCUUAAUGGUCUUUAAAACAUAUCUUUAGUACUAGCUGAACUUUUCUUGAUGUUCUAAAUUAUUCAAUAAAUUGUUUAUUUGGAUGCAAUUUUGCUGAUGGCAAUAUCCUUACUUGUGAAGCCCUAUUAAUGAAAAUAAAUGUGACAUCAGUUGACAAAAGGACAAGAAAGCACCCAAUCUAGUCUUCUAAUUCAAUCACAACGAAAGCCUGUUGUCAGUUUCCCUGACCUGGUCAAUAUUUUACCAUACGCUAUUGAUAAGAUCAGUGAAACAAUGCUUGUGUGUUUAAGGCUAAUCAGGUUGUUGUGAUUAACUUAAUUUUUAAAUGACUUUGCAAAUGAUGUUGAUGUUAGCCGUGGCAACAACUUGGAGCAGCUAAUUAUCAUCUCACAGGCUUAAAAAAUAUUCUUCAGUCAGAGGGUUCUUCAGAUGUGCUGCGAGAUUGACUGCUACCGGUGUAGCCAUGCCCAUUUUGACAUGAAUAACAUGAGCAACAUUUAUUUUGCCCGUUAGGAUAAAUAAAGAAUUUUUGCAUCAAAUUGUAUCAUUUAACUUCAAGUGUUUUGGGAUACCUGGGAAAAUAAAAAUAAAAAAAAAAACUACAAAGAAACGGAAUAUAAAGUAAACGAUACGAUGCUUUCAGCACUUUUUCAUGUUUUUAAAUGUAAAAAUUAGCAUGGAAUUUUGAUUUAAUUGGUGGCAACUUUGACACCCAAAAUCAAGAAUAUUGAGUAAAUAGACAAUCGUCUUGCCAUACAUCAAUGUCAAAAGCGCCGUUCGACAAACACAAGUGCUGCGUUCACUGCCCUAAUGAGUGUUUAGAAAAAGGACGAACGAGAGAAGAGAGGAGGCUGGGAUUUCUUUUAAAACACUCCCUUCACCGUCCAACCUCCCCUUUUUUUAAUGAUUUGUGCACUUGUUCCUCCGAAGACAUCUUCACUAUUUUUUCCUUUCUGUUUAGUUGGAUCUGUAAAGAGACUUAUUAUCUUUACCUUCGCCUGAAAGUAAACAGAAAGUUGGGUUUCGCCUUAGACGCGUCCUCCUCCUACUACAGGCUUUUCCUACCUCCAGCUUAUCUGUGGAAACAUUGUGAAGACAGAAGAAAAAGAAAACUUUCUCAUGAGAAGGCUCUGCAGAGAGUUUCUGUCCCUCGCCUUCUAAUGGCUGGACAGGCAGUUUUCCUCCCCAAACAUCCAACUCAUCACCAGCUUAAUCUUCACACAGACCAGCAAGCGUGAGACCCAGCGAGGUGCAGAUGGAUGAGACUGAAGGCCAGCGGGUGAAGUCUUUCGCUGAUGAAUCUGCCUUAUUGGCCGAGCCAAUCAACCCAGAAGACUCCCAUUAUGCCGAGCUGCAAGCUGAUCUGGAGAGCGACUCCUGCGGUCUGGAGGCGGAGUCCUGGAGCUCGGCUGUGGACCAGAACUACCUGAUGUCUCUGAACAAAGAGGCUGUUAAAAGGCAGGAUGUCAUCUAUGAGUUGAUCCAGACUGAGAUGAACCAUGUGCGAACCUUGAAAAUCCUUCUCCACAUCUACAUGUACGAGCUGAAGCAGUUCCACGUUAUUGUCUGGCUGGAGAAGCUCUUCCCCGGCCUGGAGGUUCUGCUCAGCCUCCACCAUUUCUUCCUCAACUCCCUCAAAUCCCGACAAUUUGAGAGUGCGGAUGAGGACAAUCGAAAUAACUACUGCAUCACACAGCUGGCGGAUAUCCUCAUCAAUCAGUUUUCAGGUAGUCUGGGAAAACAGAUGACGGAGGGUUAUGGCUACUUUUGCAGCCAUCACAGCGAAGCUGUCAACUUCUACAAGAAGCAAAUGCAGAACAACAAGAAGCUGCAAAUUUUGAUAAGAAAAAUUGAUCAGCUGCCUCUGGUGCGAAGAUUAACAAUUCCUGAAUGUUUCUUGCUGGUGACUCAACGCAUCACAAAAUAUCCGGUUCUGUUGGAGAGAAUCAUCCAGAAUACAGACGCUGACACAGAAGAGCACAGGCAGCUGGAGAAAGCUCUGGAGCUGAUCAAGCACACCAUCUCCCAGGUGAACACCAAGGUUAGUGAAUGUGAGAAGACCGCUCGCGUCAGAGAGAUCAUCCGUCGACUGGAACAAAAGUCUCAGGUCAAGCUGAAAGAUGGCCGCUGGUUCCGUAGAGAGGACCUGCUGCAGGGCAACAAGACGCUGCUGCAUGAAGGACCCCUUAUCUGGAAGUCGUCCGGUAAACAAAAAGAAAUCCAUGCUGUGCUGCUGUCAGAUAUGCUCCUUCUGCUACAAGAAAAAGAUCAGAAGCUUGUAUUUGCUGCCAUGGAUAGCAAACCGCCAGUGAUCUACCUGCAGAGAGUGAUUGUCAGGGAAGUGGCCCAGGAGGAAAGAGGCAUGUAUGUCAUCUGUACGUGGCCCUCCGGCUCGCCAGAAAUGUACGAGCUCUACACAAGCUCCAAAGAGGAGUGCAAAACCUGGAUGGACCUCAUACGUGACGUUGUAGAAAGUUGCAGAGACAAUGAAGUGCACAGAGAAAUUAUCACUAAACUGCACAUGUAUCAAGAUAAGCUGCAGAAAAGAGACGAGCUGAUAAAGAAAAGUCUGGAGAAGAAACAGGAUAUUUUUGCUGAACUUUAUAAUGAUGUGGUGGGUCAGAAAACCCCUCACGGCGGGCUGCUGCUGCGAGGUGAUGCUUCUGACCUCCAGCAGGGGGAGGCCUUGUUGAGUGGGGCCAUUGAAGAGGUGGAAAAGUUGCAGAACCUUCUCUUUAUGACGAUUAAGCAUCCAGACACUCCUGAGGGGGAAACUGAGACACAGCAAAGUGUCAGGAGGGCAGAAACCUUUAAAGGCUCUCUGGAUAAUCUGGUGGCUAAAAGCAUGAAAUACGAAGAUGCAGCUGAGAAGGCGCAACGCAGGUACAGCAGCUGUGACCAUCUUCUCAAGAACAUGUCGAUCUCUGAAGACCUGGAGAAGUCUACUGAUGACGAUGAAAGUGGAUCCCACCCAAAGCUGCUCUGUGGUUCAGCCUGCAGUGGUUUCCCUGAGACAGCGGUGCUUGAUAGCCUUCGGUUGCUGGCGCAGAAGCUCUACAGCUUACAGGCCGUCAUCGCCCAGCAGGACAGCAGGAUCGAACUGCAGAAGCUCUUCGAGUCAAAGAGCAAGCUGCCCGUCCGCAGCAACACCGACACGCUGCUUGAGAAGGAGAAAGAGCGCAACUUGGAGAAGCAGAAAGAGGAGCUGGCUAAGCUGCACAAGCAGCAGGUCCAGCAUCAAGCGGAGCAGCAGCACUGGGAGAAGGAGAGAGAGAAGCAGCAGGUGCUGAUUGACAGUCAGAACGCCGAGCUGCAGCAGCGGGAAGAGGAGUGCAGGAAGACGGAGGAGAAACUAAAAGAAAAAGAGCUGGAGCUGAGGCAGAUUCGGGAGACGUACCAACAGGACCUGGAGAGACUGAGGGAGACCACACAGAAACUGGAGAGGGACCGGGAGGUGGUUAAUCGGGACAAGGAACGUUUGGAAAAGAUGAAGGCAAAGCUUGCCAACCAUUAUGACGAUCCGACACGGACUCCGGCGCUCUCCACUUUCUCAUCAUUCAGGAGCAGCAUAGUAAACGGAGCAGGGACUCUGACCCCAGUUCCCAGUGCGCUGGUCUUUACUGGUAACUCUCCUGACCCGGCAGAAACUCCUCCUCGGGUUCCGCCCCGGAGCACCAGCAUCAGAAUGAGCAGACAGAUGCUGCCUGUUCAGUUGAUGAGCACCACCAACCAGGUGCAGAAACCUGUGGAGGUGCAGCAGAAGAUUCCCAGGAAGCUGGCGGCCGAACCCAAAGGGAAGGAGAAAAUCAAGUCAAAGCAUUCUCAUAAAAGAGCCCAUAGUGCAGCCAAUAUAGACGUAACCCAGGUGGUCCCGAUCCGGGUGACGGGGAAAAACGGAGGCAGUCUAAAAGCCCAAAUAAGCACAAGUCCAAAAAGAGUCUUAAGUUCAGAUACCUUCAGGCCACCAGCAUCUGGCCCAAACGUGAAGCCGUCUCAGUCGUUCAUCACACCGAAGUGGAACAACGUCAGUUCUCAUCCGCCGCCGUCGCCUCCUCCCUUCCCGACAGGCAUACGUACGACAGAACAAGAUAAUGUUAUCGUUCUUUAACGGAGGAGUUUGGAUGUGAGCAGCAGGAAGACAUCUUUAAUCCAGAUGAGAAAUCCUCCAAGAGUUGCACAUUUGCCAAAAGAAAACAAAUCAAAAAGUUUGGUCUUUUGUAAUUAUGAAAAAAAUAUAUAUUUUAAAUAAUUAUUUUAAUACACAAAGACUCUGAUCCAAAGAUUAGUUUUAUUUUUAUUAAACUAUUAAGCAAUCGGCUCUUAAGCUUUAACUUUAACAGCCGUAAUAAUGUGUGUACAACUUUGGUUUGACAAGUUUAUGUCUGUAAAUAUAAAGAUCUUCAGGUUUCUGCUUCUCAGCUUGUGUACGAAUCGGUCCAGCUUUUUAUUGAAAAUGAACAAUCCAUGUAGAUGGCAGCAGUUUGUGCAGACUGAGUUUUCACACAGUAUUGACACAUAUUUAAAGUUUUAGACAAACGCGUUUGAGUUCACAACAAUUCUGCCUCUGACAGUCUGUUCAUGUUUUGGUAUCGCGAAACAUCAUGUUGUUCCUGGUUGAAACUCUGUAAACAUGAACUGGUUUUGUGUAAAACUUGUCAAACUUCAACUGAACGGCAUGCAAUUAAAACAUUUUAAAU